CGCAGCACUGAACGGUGCCUGUCAAACACUCUCCACAACAUGGAAUUACAUGGAGUGCCUGGAAUUUCUAUAACAGUGCGCUGUUUCCAUAGUCGAGGAUAGAAACUUUCGUUUUAAAACACCCUAAUUAUGGGAUUUGAAUUCUAUUCCUCAUGGAUGAUUAACUGACCGCUCGCUCCCCGUCUCCGCCUCCGCCAUGAUCGCCACCGGCGGGCUCCUGCGCAUCUCGGCCCGGCGGCAGGACUCGCUGCGCUCCAAGAACCGCGCCGAGAACAAGCGCAAGCGGAAAGCCAAGAAGAAGCGCAAGAACGAGGUGGUGGUGGUCAAGGGCAAGCUGGACCUCUGCUCCGUCUCGGGCCUGGUGGCCGCCGUGGGCAUCCUGAUCCUGGUGGUGGGCAUCGCGCUGGCCGUGCUCGGCUACUGGCCCAAGGAGAGCCCGCUGUACCCGGGCCUGCCCACGCCCAAGGAGCCGCCGCCGCCCCCUCCGCCCGAGAAGAGGAUCUACGAGAAGAAGCUGGCCGAGUCGGCGAACUGGACGGUGGCCGGCGGUGGUGCCGGUGGCGGAAAGCUGCUGUACCACUUGGAGCACGAUUUGGCCGUCAGCAACAACUCUAACGGAACCGCGGAGGAGUCGCCCAAGCUGGGUUUUUUCGCCGAGUUCCUGAAGAACCACCUGUACUCAGACAGGCUGAAGGUGCUCGGGCCCCUGAUCAUGGGCAUCGGGAUAUUCCUCUUCAUUUGCGCCAACGCCGUGCUGCACGAGAACAGGGACAAAAAGACCAAAAUAAUCAAUCUCAGAGACAUCUACUCCACCGUCAUCGACAUUCACAGUUUGCGGACUAAGGAGAACGUGCCGCUUAACGGCUUUGUGAACUACGUGCAGUCCAAAGGCGUGGAGGCCAAACCCAGCGCCAUGUACACGGCCGCCCUGUUGGCAAAGAGCUCGUGGCCGCCCGGCGCGGGCAAGCCAGAUUCGGAGGAUAUGAGCCCGUCGCGACGCCACUCGUUUGGCAAAUUCGAGAGCUCGUCGUUCGACAAGCAGACUUUCACCGACACGGUGUACAGCAUCUACAGGGAGCAGAACAGGACGGAUAAGCCGGCCCCGGCUCCCAAGCAGUGGGAGACGAGGACCAUAGUCACGUCGUCCGUCAACGCCUUCACGCUGCCCAUGAUCAAGCUCAACAACCUGACCAUCGAGAACCGACGGGCCUCCGUCAAAGCGGACAUCGGGAGAGAGCGGGCGGACUCGUCCUGCGACAGUCCCGGCUACGGCGGCGGCUGCACCACGGAGGCCAAGGUGGAGACGGGCCACACGCACACGGUCCUGACCCAGGACUCGGUGGAGGUGUACCAGAGCAGCGGCAGCCUCCUGGGGACCUCGCGGAUCUCCCCGGAGGGCUCCCAGGUGCAGCUGCUGCCCUCCUCGCCGGGCCCCAGGGUCACGGGCUCCCACCUGUCCCUGAGCGCCCUGUCGGACUACUCCCGCUCCAUCGACCUGGGGAUCUGCCCCACCAGCCCCAAGGAGUGGCAGGUCGAGCGCUCGCGCCGCCUCAGCUGCCCCCGGCUCGAGGGCUACGGUGGCUACGGCGGCGGCGGGGGUUACGUUAAACUUGGGGACCUGGGAGGGGAGUCCUUCGAGUCGUCUGAGGUCGCACCGUUUAGUCAGGUGACGUCCAUGGAGAUACUGGACAAAGAGCGAGGUGACCGACCCUCGGACGAAGAAGAGGGGAACGGCAGCGCGGAAGACGUCCGAGACGGCAUGACGAGGCGAUACUCCAACAGAGAGAAACUCAUGAUGAUAUCCCAGUCGGACACUACUCUGGAGGACGAGGAGAUCGAGAGCUUGGACUAGAGAGAGCAGAGUGUCUGAAUCUGUAAAAGGUCAGGGUCAGGUCAAGGUCAGGGUGAAAUGUUAGAAAUGAUUUGCAGAACUGUCUAAGGCUAUCUGGGAACCUUUAUUGAAAAACAGCAUCUUUGCAAUUAUGGUGUCUUCACCGAGAUAGGAGUUUCUGGCUGGCCAUUAGAAUACCAUUAAUACUGUAUGUAUCCAAUUUUGUAAUGCCUUCCCAAAAUCUGUUUGCAAUAUCCCACCAUGCAUUGCGGUGAUGUGUUCAAUGACGUGUACAGUGCAGAAUCGAACCCAAAGACUCUCCUUGAUGUUGCAGUUGGUGAAUUGCUUUUCUUGGAGGCGUUUCAAAGCAAAAAAAAAAAGUUUAAAAGGUAAAUUGACGGUUACAUAGCACAGGUGUAUCCACUAGAUUUACGAGUCUAUGAGUCGUGCGAUUUUGUUUGUGGUUGUUCCACCAGUGUGGCUCUGUUUCUCCUGUCAAUGAUUUGAGAGUGGCUGUGUCUGCAGCAUGUGUUUUAUACUGUAGUUCCAUUGCACUUUUUGAAUACCAGAUGAUUUUUUUGGUAAAAAGGUAUUAAUUCAACCCUAGCAAUAUUUUAAUUUGACUUCUCUGAUUGCUUGUGAAGGAUAUACGUUUUGCAUUGACUUGUUGACAAAGUAUGUUUCUUUUUUUUUUUAUUACACUUGUAUGUGACUUGCUUACUUUUUUUAGAUUAUAGUCUUGCUUGUUUAGAGAUCUUUGGUAAAUCCGAGAAAAAAUAUGAGCACAACACCCUCUUUCUCUUCAAUGAAAUUCAACUUAUCAGGCAUCCUUGAUCCAGUCGGUGUUCACAAAUCAUCCCUAUGUUUGGGGUCUGUGUUUUUUGUAACCUACCAAAUGCUGUAUCGUCUGAAAGGACACAUGCUUAUAUAGUUCAUGGUUUGGUCUCUUCCAGUCACACCCGCUCAACCAAUCCAACUCACAGCAACGCAAAAUGAACAACAACACAUAUCCUGUUUGUACACUCCUAUCAGUUACAGUACUUACUGUCAACGACUCUCAGCCAUCACUCUGUCAUAUUGCUUCCAUUAGAGUGCUGCUCUAAGGCAGUGCAUUGCAUUGAAAGGGAAUUGACUCACAUACAUUAAAGGAAUGGCACGACUACUG